AUGGAGGGAGUGGUUGAGGAGGAGAAAUCAGACACAUGGAACUUUCCACUUUAUUUUCCAUCCCUCGAAGAAGUGAAAGCUAUAAUUCAAAACAAAGGUUCGUUCUGGGUUAAUCAACUAGAGACAUUUCAUGUGAAUUGGGAUGGUAGUGAUUUUAGCGAAGGAGGUUCGAUGACAGACACGCUCAGAAGUAGCCAUCUCAUUGCUAACAACAUCAGAGCCGUCUCAGAAUCCUUGCUGACGAGUCACUUCGGGGACGAGAUGAUAAAUGAACUGUUUGACAGGUUCAGGGAGAAAAUUGAGGAAUAUGCUGCCAAAGAGAAAACAGAGUACACUAACCUUGUUAUCUCCGUGACCAAUGGUCGAAUGAUCUAA